AUGUCCAACCAGCAACAACAUAAUGUUCGUCCGCCGCACGCUCAGCAAGGCCAGCGCAACGACCGUCCAGUUCAGAACCCAGCUUUGAGUGCGCAGCGCCUUCCUCCAGCUCACCAACCGAUACCAAGCGUCACCUGGAAUCCUCACCAGCAGGUUGCGAACGACCUGCAGAACUGGGCAGGCCAAACUCUGGUACCCUUCCUUCGGUCAAGGUUUACAGCUAUCGACCAGAACACAGGCCGUGUGUACACCAGCCAUAACUACGACCCAGACAUUAACAGGGCAAUCCGGUGGUCGGAGCACAUCGAUGCGUUCGACAAGCACCCAAAUCUGAUGGACGAACUGGUGUUGUAUCUCGCAAGACCCGAGCAGGCUGAUAAAACCAUGUCGAGCAUCGCUCAAGACCGCCGGCUGAUUACAAUCUUGCUCUACCGCCACUAUCAGCGGCAUGGUGGACUGGUUCUCCCGCCGACUGCUGAUGCGCGACAAGCGAUAGAUUACCACGCGAGUGCAAUCGAGAUAGCUUGCCAGCAAGGCGUACAGAAGCGGCAUCUUCCACGAGUGGUAUUUCCUAAUUGGACGUUUGGUACGGAGAGCGUUUCAACUCUUGGUAACUUCGCAGAUCUCACUGCUCGAGCUCGAGGAACACCGCAAGGUAGAAGCGACUCCAACGUUGAUACCUCCGGCAAUGUCAAAGGCUAUCGUGACGUUAGGUCAGGUGGCGCAGGCUUUGUUGGCGAGAAGAAACCGAGUCGCUUCUUUGGCAACCUGGCGUAG